CCCACACAGCCGCUCUGGUCCGCCCCUUCUCUGGUCUGUCACGCUCGGCGGCUCCUCCGGGAGGCUCUUCGCUCCCUUCCGCAGCCUCACGCCGCGAGAAGGAGGCAGGGGCAGCGGCAGCGGAGGGAGCUGCCGCGGCUCUGCACUGCCUGCCCCCGGUUGAAUAUUACAGCUUCACAUGUACUUGAGCUUUUUCUACUAAUGUCCAACACACAAUAGAUACUCCAAAAAGUAUUCAGCAGGUGCCUCUGCAACAUAACAACAGUUCUUCUUUGAUACAAGAUGGAGGACACAUACAAAGAUAGGACUUCACUAGUGAAAGGGGCCAAAGAUAUUGCCAAAGAGGUGAAGAGGCAAGCAGUGAAAAAAGUGAAUAAAGCUGUUGACAAAGCCCAGGAUGGUUACACACAGAGGUCCUACAAUCGAUUCCAGGAUGAGGAAGAUGACGAUGAUUACUACGUUCAAGGAGGAAAUUAUGGGGUAGAAGCUAAUGAUGAUGAAGGAUCAAGUGAAGCAACUGAAGGACAUGAUGAAGAUGACGAAAUUUAUGAAGGGGAGUAUCAGGGAAUCCCCAGCAUGGGGCAGGGAAAGGACAACGUGGUGGCCUUAGGUCAACCUAUGCGUGAUGAAUAUAAGGAUCGCCAUGAACUGGAAACAGAGAGAAAAGCUGAUGAAGAAGAGCUAGCACAGCAAUAUGAAUUAAUAAUACAAGAAUGUGGCCAUGGUCGCUUCCAGUGGGCCCUCUUCUUUGUGUUGGGAAUGGCCCUAAUGGCUGAUGGGGUUGAAGUUUUUGUAGUUGGAUUUGUGUUGCCCAGUGCUGAAACAGAUAUGUGUAUACCCAAUUCUGGAUCAGGGUGGCUUGGUAGCAUAGUGUACCUUGGGAUGAUGGUGGGGGCAUUCUUCUGGGGAGGCUUGGCAGACAAGGUGGGAAGGAGACAGUCACUCCUGAUAUGCAUGUCUGUCAAUGGAUUCUUUGCCUUCCUUUCAUCAUUUGUCCAGGGCUAUGGCUUCUUCCUCUUCUGUCGCUUGUUUUCUGGAUUUGGGAUCGGUGGAGCACUGCCAACUGUCUUCUCCUAUUUUUCGGAAGUGCUUGCUCGGGAGAAACGAGGUGAACACCUGAGCUGGCUCUGUAUGUUUUGGAUGAUUGGUGGCAUUUACGCUUCUGCAAUGGCUUGGGCAAUAAUUCCUCAUUAUGGGUGGAGUUUCAGCAUGGGCUCUGCCUACCAGUUCCACAGCUGGCGAGUAUUUGUGAUCGUCUGUGCACUGCCCUGUGUCUCUUCUGUGGUAGCCCUGACCUUUAUGCCAGAAAGCCCACGGUUUCUGCUGGAGGUUGGAAAACAUGAUGAAGCUUGGAUGAUACUGAAGCAAAUUCACGACACAAACAUGCGUGCUCGUGGUCAGCCUGAGAAAGUCUUCACAGUUACCAGAAUCAAAACACCAAAGCAGAUAGAUGAGCUCAUAGAAAUAGAGAGUGAUACCGGAACUUGGUACAGGAGGUGUUUUGUAAGAAUCCGCACAGAGCUGUAUGGUAUUUGGUUGACGUUUAUGAGAUGCUUCAACUACCCAGUGAAGGAUAAUACGAUCAAACUUACAGCUGUAUGGUUCACCCUGUCUUUUGGCUACUACGGCUUAUCUGUCUGGUUUCCUGAUGUCAUUAAACAUCUGCAGUCAGACGAGUAUGCCUCCCGAGUCAAACACUUCCGCAAUGAGGAGGUUUCACAUUUCGUCUUCAACUUCACACUGGAAAAUCAGAUUCACAGCAAUGGAGAAUACAUCAAUGACAGGUUUAUUAUGAUGAAGUUUAAAUCGGUAACAUUUGAAGAUUCACUUUUUAAGAACUGUGUGUUUGAAGACAUUACUUCACUGAACACAUACUUCAGGAACUGUACUUUUGUGAAUACCACCUUCUACAACACAGAUCUCGAGCAGUAUAAAUUUGUUGACAGUGAAUUGAUAAAUUGCACAUUUUUUCACAUCAGGACAGGAUGCCAGAUUUCUUUUGAUGACGACUACAGUGCCUACUGGAUAUACUUUGUUAAUUUCCUGGGAACUUUGGCAGUGUUACCAGGGAAUAUUGUGUCCGCUCUCCUGAUGGAUAGAAUAGGACGGUUAACGAUGCUAGGUGGUUCCAUGGUUCUUUCUGGCAUCAGCUGUUUUUUCCUGUGGUUUGGGACCAGUGAAUCCAUGAUGAUAGGUAUGCUGUGCCUCUACAACGGCCUCACCAUCUCAGCAUGGAACUCUCUAGAUGUCAUUACUGUGGAGCUGUAUCCUACAGACAGAAGGGCAACAGGCUUUGGCUUUUUGAAUGCACUAUGCAAAGCUGCAGCUGUACUUGGAAACCUAAUAUUCGGUUCCCUUGUUGGUAUCACCAAAGCAAUCCCUAUUCUCCUUGCUUCUACUGUUCUGGUAUGUGGAGGUUUGGUAGGACUUCGGCUUCCUGACACAAGAACACAGGUGUUGAUGUAACUGGGACAAACAUUUACUAUUUAUUUCCUUCUUUGUACAAAUGUCAACUCUCCUGACCAGUGGUGCAAAGGCUUCAGAUUCUCAACACAGAGUAGAGUGCUCAAAUGUCAGAAAUUAAACUCAAAAGAUACUUUGGAGUAGCAGAGAUUUAGAAACCUCUGUCUGGAAAUUUAAAUUUCACUUUUGUUUGCUUGCAUACAAUAAUGUUCAAAACCAUUUAACUUUGAACUCAAAGCUACCUCUUAAAACAGUUUUGGUGACAUAUCCAGGAAGGUAAAAAACAUACUGAUUACCAGAUAUUUAAAAUUAAAGCAGUCACAUUAUUUAAAAAACACAUGCUAAAUUUGGCCAUGGCAUUGUGAGGUUUUGUAAUGUACAGGCGUGCAAGUCAAUUAUUUAGCAGUAUUGGUGCAGAGAACGUUAAUGUAUCAAUGCAUGCAGCAUUUAUCAGGAAACUCUACACUGAGAACAUUGAUCUUCUGCAGCUGUGCAUAGGUGGUAAAAACUUGUGGCAACAAAUUUUGGUAAACAUUUUCAGACAGUUUCAAUCUGAAGUAAAGAUCACCAACUACACCCCAUAUUGACUGAGGAGAAGGCACCAACUACUGCAGGGAAUUUAAAAGUCCGUAUAGGUAUGCAGUGAAGAGAAUAACAAAAUGAACCUUUUCACUCUUUGCUGCUAAUCCUUCGGAAAAAUUUUGUUUUAUUCUGACUUUUGGUAUCUGAAGAAUCAGGCCAGUGAACUACAUGGUAAGUAAGAUACUUUCAGAAGUUUGUUUGAUAUUUAUAUAUAUAUCAACACCUUUAUUUGUUCAUAGUUUGUACACUUCUUAAUAUAACCAUUUUCUCAGCUAAUUUUUAAUAGUUCUAGAGUUGUCUUACCAUUUAAUACUUUCAAGCGUCUCUCUGAAAGGCCAUUCAGAAAGAAGCCAUGGCAAGGCUGUAGGGAGUGGUAAUGUUUUUAUUAGACCAAGAGCAUGGAUGGAGAGUAAAUGGCAGUAAACCCAUUCCUUCUGUGCUGUAGACUGUUAUGAAAUACAGUAAAGUUACCCAUCAGUCCUUAUGCUAUGCAAAAGGUUAUGGAAUCUGUUUAAAAUGUUAGCAUUAAAAAUUUAAUACAUAUACAUUUAUAUGAAGUUAUCAAAGAGGCAGAUCCUCUGAUGGCAGAAACUGGCUUUGCUUUCAAUAGAGCUAAGACAAUAUAUAACAGCUGAUGAACUAUCUGCAGUUUCAAGUGUAAAAUAAUAAAUUUGCUAUACAGCUUACAGAAAAAUUAAUCAGUAUUUUUUUUUUGUAAUUAUGCCUGACAACAAUUAUUAGGUAUAUGAAUUGUUGCCAAAGAAAUUAGGCUUUCAGAUAAUGUUAUUGUGUUGUAAAAUGAUUUUUUUUCAUUAGUUUUUCCUCUACUCUUACAUGUGAACUUAGAUUUGGGUACUACUACCUAUCACUGCAUUCUGUAUCAGUCAUUGUCUUUGCCAUAUUAAAGGAGUCAGUAAAAGUCUACAUAAAAAGAUCACUGAAUACAUUUAAAGUUCACUGUUUAAUCUACUGAUUUUCGGAGAGUCAUUUUCAGUUACUAACAUAUGCUUGUGCUACAUAUUGUAGUAUAAAAAAUGUUAGCCCAAGGUGUGGUUUUCUGCUAUUAAAUUAGAAAAGAGUCAGAAUUAAAAAAGCAUGAAUAUGGAAAACUAGGAGGCAUUAUUUUCAUAGUGAUAAUUUAAAUAUAUUAUAGUAAGAAACGGGUUCGAUUCCCGGUCAGGGCCACUCCCGGGCAGGUGGAGCUCGUUAACCCUGUAAAAAGGCAACCCAUCUACGUCCUAAGGACCUCGCUGCCACCGUCCAAGCUCGCUCGGCCCCGGCAGAUGAACCUUAGGAUUAAAGGGUGGGCUCAGUUCCGCGCACACUGUGUCUCACCUAAAAAAUCCAAUGCACAGGCUGGAAGGUGUAAAGACCUUCCCCGGAUCUUUGCUCGCGAAGACUGGCCAUUAUUAUUAGUAAGAAAAAAAUAUAGGAAAUGUGGUUUUUUUGAGUUUUAGUUUUGAAUGUUUUGAAUGUUUUAUUUAUGAAAUGUUUAUUUUGGAGUAUUAACAUUUGAGAUAUUUGAGAUGAAAUAUUUUAUGUUUAAAUCUGACUUAAACACAUCUUUUAAAUUUCUAGACUAUGCUAAAAAAGGAGGAAGAAUAAUUUUUUACUGAAUUCUAGGAUAAGAACAAAAUCCUGGCUUUAUUUUCACAUGUAUGGCUUUUGUCCACUAGUCACAGCCUUAGUAUUAUUUCAAGGCUGUUUUCUGCAAUGCGUAUUGUAUUUAAGCCCUAUUUCUCUGUGCCAUUCAUUAGUAGCACCUGUUCACAUCCUUUUACUUACUGCAUAAGUUAUUUUGAAAUCUGAAGCCUCUGUACAUAUUUGGAGUAAAUAUUCACAGCAAUGGUAAAGUAUUGCAUUGUGUUGCUAUGCACUGUCCUUUUGCGGUAAUAUAUUCUACCCAUCUCUGCAUGUAAUUCCCAAAAACAUUCAGAUACACUUCAUACCACCUGACCAGCUUGGAGGAAAUGGGCCACAGAAGAAUAAGGUUCAGGUUUUGAGUGAUAUGGUUCAAAUUAACACUCUAAAAUCUCAUUACAUGUAAAACUACGUCAAUUUCAAUGCUGUUUUUUAUUCUAAAUCCUGACUAUGUCAUGGGUAUGUGCUUAAGUCUGGAUGAAAUGGAAUAUAGCAAUAAUAGAAAUUCGUAAAGGUUAAAAAAUUCAGGACUAUGGAGACCUUGCAUGGUCCAGAAUUAAGUGAAUGUUCUAAGGUGGGGGGGGAUGGGGGGAAAGAGGAAUAGUGAGUAGGAACUGGGUGGAAAAGUAAAUGGAAGAGAUGAACAAAGAAAAAAAUUCCACCAACAUUUCCAACAUAUGAAACAAAACCUAAAGUUAGAAUUUCCCUAGGUGAUGAGCUAAUUGACUCAACAGAUUUGAACUAGUGUGCAAGCCAGGAUCAAGGUUGUUUGAACAAUCAAUAGUUUUUGCUUGAGUGCAGUAAAGAUUUAUCUCACAAAGACAAAAGAAGUGAAUGCACCUUCGUGCUAUAAAUAACUUGGUGAGAUGGGUGCAAUCCACAGACUUGAUCAGAAAUCCUUAAUUUAUGGAGAUCUGGACACAAAUGAUAUAUUAUAAACAAAAGUAAUUUGAUCAAUCUUUAGUGAAUCUGUCUUUUCUUGCAGUCUCACAAGCAAUCUCAGGUAAUAAAUACUGGACGGUAGAAAUAGCACUUCCUUUCUAUGGCUAUUCACUUAUAUGUCAAACAAAGAAUCACUUAGUGGCCUAUUUAUACUCCUUAUACACCAGAGAGAAUCAAACUUGAUAGCAUUUGUAUAUCACAAAUAUAAGACAUAUGUAAUCAAGACUGCUCAUUUGUCUGUUUUGGUCACAAAACUGACUGCUAACUGAAAAUCCCUGUCAGUCUAAACUGAAGUAGGAUAUAUUGUCUAGUAUUAUCCUAUACAGCUGAUAACUCAUCCCAGCAACAGCAAUGACAAAAACUACAAUGGCCUCUGAAAACAGAGAAGACUGACAGUAUUUAGAAUACUAUCAACUAUGAUGAUCAACUAGUUUGAAAUUUGAAAGCUACCCAAGAAAGACCACAUGUUAUCAUUUUUGGCAAAGAAAUUUUAUUUGAAUUAGUUUUACUCCUUAGAGGUUCUGUAACAGUAGCGUUUGACUUAGCAGACUCUUAUUUCUUGAAAGCAGUGUUAUGUUUGUACGUUUUAACCAGAUUGGCUAUAUCCUUGUUUGCACCUUGUUGCUUAGAAGCAUGCACUACAACAUUUGGUGUGCAUUACAUUGGCUGCUGAGUGCAAGCCCCUAGCAAGGGAACCAAGAGUAGGUGUAAAUGGUGGAAUGCUGAAAAGGAUUGAUAAUGAAUGAUGUACUUGGAAAUCUUCUUCCCCUAUGCGUGAUUAUAACCCUUGAUAAUCCCCUUACAAAGUUGUGUACUACAGGGCUUGGACACUGGUGAAAAAGAGUUAGCCCUCCUACUUGAUGGCUCCUCUAGUCUACUCCUCCUUUAUCAUCUUGAGAAAGUGGGGCAAAGUUAAGAUUGCUAGCUCAAGCUCUGCUCACCUUCUCUUCAUGCCAUUCCAUUCAUUACAUCCCAAAUUACUUUUCUUACUAGAGAACCAAUAUUAAAGUCACAACUCUCUCCUUGUGUUCUCACCAGCUUCUGACUUCCUAGUAACAUUCAGUAAGAAGUUUUGUUGCAUAUCUUUUGCAAUUCAGCCAUAUCUUUUUAAAACAAUGUAGAAAGCAACCACAGAAGUCCUUCUGUGAAUACUAUCCUUUUGAGGCAGUCAGAUUCCACUACAUAUCCAUUCCAGUUCCCUACAUAUCCAGAAGACUGACUUGAUAUGAGGAGAGGUCUCCUCUCAGAAUGGUCCCUCUUGAGGUCCUGCUGUGGGUACAGAUAUGGGGGAAUCUGCUUGUCUGUGCACCCAGCUCAGCCCCAUUUGGAGGAAAUAUUAAUCUGUAUUCUUUUUUUCUUUUCCUACCACUAUGGAGCCCUAUCUUCAUCUAACUGCUCUUGAGACACAACUGCUGAUUCCAAUACUUAGCAAAGUAAUAUAGUACUCAGCCCCUCAUAUGGACAACCUACAUGUCCUGGGCUUUAACUCUCUUUCACAUUGUGAGUGUUAAAUUAAUCUUUGUUAGUCAGAGAAAGAUGUUUACAUCCAGUCACACCUCUUUACCUAAAUAAGAUGAUAUCAUGCUAAUACAAUGAACAAGCCAUGUUUCCUGUUUAAUAACCUGGAAAUGCAAUUGAAAUUUCAAUCACAAUGUUAAAAAUGAAUCCUUGCACUCAGGGGGUCAAAGACACAAGAAGUGAAAACAGAAAUGCUCCACUUCCUCUGGUGUUUUGAAAGAAAACACAUGUUCAGUAAUCAUAUUCCAGAAGAAAACGUAUCUGAGAAACUGCUUUUACUCUGUAUUUCCUGCCUUCUUGUUCAUUAAACUUACUGUAAAAUAUUAGGUAUUUGCCUGCAUUAGUACUUUCCAAUGCUGCUAUUCCAGGAACGAAAAUACAGACUUUUGCCUGCAGUUUUAAGGUAAGACAGGUAUCGGGCAGUCAUGUGGAAUUAGAAGAGACAUGUUAGCCAGAAAAUCUGGAACGCAGUUCAAAACCUGAAUCAAAUAAAAUGCUUCAAUUUAUAAUGCCACUUGCAGAUCUCUCUUGCCUUCACUUAACCUCACGCAGUCUACAACCAGACCAUCAGCCCCAUUUGCUUUCUUUUAAUGUCAGUAAUUUCAACCAAGUGUUGCAAAAUACUUUUGAAUCCACUAUCACCAUCUGCAUUCUUUUUUUUUUUUUUUUUUUUUUUGUAGUGGUAAAUUCCAUACUUCUUCCUGCAAAAGAAGACUCCUUUAACAUUUAGUCUACCUAAAUGUAUAAAAUUACUACACAGAACUCCAUCCACAUUCAGGACCUGUCUUUGAUGCGGUGACUUAGCAUGUCAAAAGCAGGAAUAAGACAAAUUGGGCCUUUUCUUAUUUAAUAAUAUGUUGAAUUAUCUACAAAGAUUCUGGCCUAUAAUACAUAACUCUGCUUUCUAGUUUGAGUACAUCCUGUGCAGCUAAAAAUUAACAAAGCAGUAAUUUUUGGCAGUCUUUUCCCACAAGAUGCACACAAUCUGCAUUUACUAGGGAAAUGCAUAGGGAAGAAUACAGUGCAAUUGCUUCAUGGUGUAAACAAUCUAAGCUGCUUGACAAAGGUCUAGAACAUAUUGCUCACUUCUAACCAGUACAGAGUUCAAUAACCAAAGAUUUGAGAAUACUUAACAACAAAAGCAUUUGGAUGAGGUUGACCUGACACAAAAGUAUUGUUCUUUCCACCCAGGCUUUUCAUGAAUGUACAUUUUAAUGCCAUGUAACCAAGAAGAUUUGUAGAGACCUUACCCCCUCUCUGGCCAUCAACACAUCUGAGUUGUAGCCAGACACAUCAGUCCACAAGUGAGAAAGAAAGUGAGAAAGAAAGAGAGCUGGCAGGCUGGCUUUCAGCACUCUCUCCACAGCAAGCCACCUAAGCUCAUUUUGCUUAGAUCCCAAGGAUCUGCUUUUUUGCUUAGCUUCCUACUUUCUAAUUUUGGCAUUCAGUUUUCACCAGUAGUCCUGACCAAAAAAUCUGAAACCAAUUGCUGCUAAAGGACAGCACUCAUAACUCACUGCAAGCACAGUACUCUGCAGGAGUCCAAUGUCUUAUGUGUUGUUCCAGUUUCAUUUGUUGUUUAGAGCUAGAGUUGUCAGCUAGCAUUUCUCUCUUACAAUACUGCAUGUAUUCUUACCUAUAAGACAUGUUUUAUAUCCUCUUAAUGUCUGCCUUGUAAAUAUAUGCUUGUCCCCUCCCUGGCUGUGUGGUAAAAGUAAUUUGUGAAUCUUACAUAGGUCUGUCUUCCCCAGUUAAAAGAUGAUCCUUCAAAAGAAGAAGGUCAGGAAAAAUAAUGAAAUGGAAUCAAAUUAAAUGCAAAUCAUGAAAAGUAAGAAAUCAAGAUGUAACCUGCAAUUACUUUUGUUUUCUCAGAUGUUUUCUUUAAAUCCUAGCCUGCAGCUAUAUAAUAUUGGAUAUUUUAAAAAAGUAUUACAGUUAGAGGUGAAUACAUAUACAGAUACACAUGUGGGUAAGUAUACACACAUAUGUACACACUCACUUCUCUAUAACACAGGUGGAUAUAAGACUUAAAACCAUGUUCUCAUCUCGUUCUCUAUGACAGAUUUACAUUCUGCAUUGUGCAUUAUGCUUUGAACAAAAGUAACAUUCUGCUCCGUUCCUUGUGCAGAAACCUUUUCUUAACUGUGCAAAAUUCUUGGGAUGCAAAGAUUCAUCUCAGCUGGCCAUUAGCUUUCAGACAUUGGAAGGGAAUUCCUGAGAUGGUCUGAAAAAUGAGCUUUGACUUAGCUGUUGCCUUCCCCUGCCUGCCCAGCCCACCCUACUCCCCGCCACACUGUGCCAAACAACAAAACAGCAUGCAGAGGCACUGAUUGUAUUCCAGUGACUAGGAGACACAGCGCUCUCAGAUACAUAAACUCCUAAAAGCUAUGACUUUUGUCUUAUUCAACCGAAAGGCCUUCAAAAUGGUCCAUGGGGAUAUCAACAUGCUAACUUCUGUGUAAUGUAUGAGAAAAUGUCUGUGAUUUCCUGUAUUGUAUGUUUUUCAUUGUUUCUGCAUACGUAGUUGAAGUCGUUCUAGUGAAGUGAUUAAAAAAUUAUUUGCUAAUGUUCUUAUCAGCAAUCUUCAACCAGCCUGAAACAGAGCCAUUGCCAGGGUGUCUUUCAAUCAAUGAUUAACACCCAUGAAUAUCUUCUACAGUAAUUAGUGCCAUAUAAAGUCAUGGUGGCUAUAAUUCAAGCACAUUAAGCAUGAAAAUAUCAGCACAUGCACACAGACCACACAGUGAUGGCGGAAAGAGAUCUUUCAAAAGGUCUGGCAUUUCCUGCAUUGCUUCUUCCCUCUUUGAAGGAUGCUCACUCUUUGCAGUGUGCUUCCUCUGGUAGAGGACAUGCUACAGAAGUAAGAAAGCAGAAGAAAGGGUUUAUUCCUUCUAAAGGAAGGAAUGUAUAUUUGCUAUAGGAAAGCCAACUCUAUAAUAAGAUUAAAACAAACCAACCAAACAACCAAGCAGCUUGCUAUUCUUUUUUAUUCCCAUGUGUUGUAUGAGUUGAUAAACUGAAUACCAGUCUAUACUAAACCUUUGGGAGGAGACUAAGAAAGGAUAGCAAUGCUUAUGUGAUAAUAUUUUCAGAAAGUAGGAGAACUUUACAAGGAGAAAAUACAUAUUCAGUGUAUGAGGCCAUAGCAUAUAGAUUUUAAUUGUGAUUAUGAACUGACAGUUUUAAGUAGAAAAUUGUCAUUCACAUCUACAGUAGCAGUAGAUAAUAUUACCUUCUAUGUGGCAAUGACAAUUAAAUUGUGUCUCAUACUGGGCUUCAAAUAUAUGUAAGAAUACCAUAUACGUAAUUAGAUAUUUUUUAAGUGGGCAGUUUCCACUGCAGUGUAGUGUCAUAUAUGCAAAAGUUGGGUAUAAAGGAUGAGGUACAGAAAGGUGAGUUUUUUGCCUUCACUGCACUUUACUGGCAUUGUCAGGUUACUGAUUUUCUUUGUUAGUGUUUUCUAAUGCUAAGCAACAGGAGAAAAACAUGUUCUUUCCUAGGUUUUUUGUGGUUAUCUUCUGUUUGCAGGUUCCCCUUCUAAGCUUCCACUCAAAUUUCCAACUGCUCUGAGCCAACUGGCAAUACAAUUUUUCAAACAGUCUUCAUUACACAAACACACAGGUACUUUAGUGUGCACAUGUUAUCAAGAAAAUCAUAACCAUGUCUGACAGUCUCCAUGUCUCAGUGCAAGGUAACAUGUACAUAUUGUAUAUACGGGUAACAAGCUACUUUGAAGUUGAAUUGUCAUUUAUACAGGGGAAUUCAACUUCAGAUCUGCUAAUCUGCAGCAAGAUCUUGGCAAUGGUCCUGACUUCGCUCUUUCUUUCUUUGUUACCUUUACUGCUCUGUGUGAUCUCCUGUAGAGCAAGUUACAGUCAUCACUAUUUAUAUAUGUGUUUGCAUGUGUGUGCCUUGAUAAAUCCUCUCUUUCAGAGUUCUGAAUUUUUCAUUUCAAGUCCAGCUGGUACAAUUGUGAACUCAUCUUUCCAGUAUCCUCCUCUGUGUCAGAUUGCCAGCUUCCAAAAUGUUUGACCAAGUGUUUUUGAUUAAGUCCCCUGAGGAAAGCUAUCUGUUUAUUUGUGAAAGGGCAUGCUCUGUGUAGGAUGACUGUGUACAGUAUAAAUCUAUACAAUGUGGAAGUGUUUAUAAAUUUAUCUGCAAAAUAUUUAUCAUCUGUGUAACAAAUGCAAAGUUAUUUAGUGUACAUCAGAUUAAUAAAUGGGGAUGAUUUUUUGCUCUGCUAUAUUAAAAUAAAGAUUUGUUCUCUGCAAUGAACACA